AUGGCACACAUGGACAGCUACUCUACAGACUACUCUCAGCGCCAGCACUGGCCCAGCCAUCUCCUGCCCCCGCAUCCCCAGUCCUCCUUCCCCUCACCGCCAGGCAGCGACCACGGCCACCACUAUCCCCCAUUCUUCCAGACACAGGCUCAGGCCCAUGUCGCCCAGCAGCAGCAACAGCAGCAACAGCAGCAGCAACAGCCAGACAGGGCCCAGGGCGCUGACCCCAUGAACAGAGCCACGUCCUCCCUCUCCCUCAAUCUCUCUUCCCUCAGUGUGGCGUCCCCCACCAAUCUCUCCCCCAUCAACGGCCCUUCUGCAGUGGCGGCGGCGGCGCUCUCCCCAGCGACCCCCAUCAGUCCGUCCACCAACCCUUUCGCAGGCUCCCAGCAGCAGCAUCACCAUCUCCACGGCGUCCACGCCCACAGCCACCCCCAUCAUAUCCAGACCUCGCCCUUCUCCUAUGAUCCCAGCCAGGGCGCAUCUGGCCAGCAGAGUCCCCACCACUACGACGACCAGGCCCCACCUCCAGGCUCAUCAGCAGGCUACGACACACGCCGCACUCCUGCACCCUCGCGGUCCUCUUCCUCGGGCGCAUCUGCCUCCCAGCUCCCUCGCAAACGCAGCUUCUCUGCAAACCCAAACGGUGCCAACAGCAGUGCAGUCAAGAACAGUAACGGUGGUCCUCCCAGUGCAGCCGCUGGUCAGUCAGGUGGUCUCAGCAUCAACGUGAACGUCAACCCACCGCUCGUCGAAGAGGGCAUGUACGAUGACGAGGCGCGGGACUCGGCCAUGGAGCUGGCAUCCGCAGCGUCUUACGACGAUCUGGACGUGCGCAACGGGUAUGAGGGAUGCGCGCGGCCCGGUCCUGGCGCAGGAGGCAGUGGCGGCAGCCCUGUUGACGGCAGUGGGAGCACAAGCGGGGCAGAGGAGUCCUUUGGCAUUAUCGGCAGUGGAGGCGGGGGCGUUGGAGGGACGAUGAACAUCCUAGGCAAGCCAAUCGCGACAAACAAUUUUGUCACCAAGCUCUAUCAUAUACCUACCCGCCCAGACAUGCGCAUGCCUUUUUUUUCUGGCCCUGGUUUCUUUUUUGCGCCCGUCCUGCGAACGUGGUGGAUGUAUGCGUAUGCGCCAUGCACUAUAUAG